AUGAAUUCAACCACACCUUAACACUCAAAGAUAUCAAGAGAAAUAUCUCAUUCUAAUCGUAAUACAUUUUUAACCUUUAGAUAGUAAUACUUGGGCAUGGAAGUACUUCCGAAUGAACCUGAGAACAUCUAACAAAUAUAACCCUUAACUUAUUCGGAGACGAGAGCAAUCUUUUAUUUCAAGCACGCCAUCAAUGGUUCGUAUAUUGGUUUGAGGAAUAAGGAUUCGACAAUUUAUGCUCUACAGAAAAAUUGCACAUUGGUAUUCAUUUCUUUAGAGAACGACUCUCGUUCUCAAGAGUUUAAACCGAAUUGUCUCUAAUUAUUAAUUGACAAAGAUCAGAGUCAUCUUGCCAUCCUUUACCCAGACUCUAUAAUUCUGUACAACACCGAAUCAGAUUAGGUUGAAACUGUGGAGUACAACUAUACUGAUGCAGUUACUGACAUCAGACUCACUUAGAAGUACAUCCUGAUAUCUAAGGGGUUGCAAGGCAUGGAUAUGUUGAGUUUUCAGGGAGAGCUUAUCUUAAAUAAUUUUAUGGCCAAUAAAAAUAUUUUGCAAGCCUCCAUUCAUGCCAACAGAUUGGUAUUACUUUUUGAUGGAGGUUUGCUCAUUUUUAACUUUAAGUUAAGUCCUCGAUUAAUUAAUGAAAUUUAAAUAGAUGAAUGUGUAAGGUUUGAACAUAACAAUAAACUUUUCAUUAUUUAAACUAAAACUAAGAUUUUAGAAUAUUUCUGGAAAAAUCUUCUAGUCAAUCAAGAAAUUAUUACUAAUUCUGAGGUCACUAGCAUUUCACUCCAUUAGGAGUACCUAUAAUUUAUAUCCAAUGGACGUCUUUAUUAGAAGUUGGUUGGUAUUAUUAAGGACGAUUUCAAUCUCAGUAAAAUUAAUGUGACGGCAUAUGAAACUAAAUCUACUCGCAUUGUAGGGUAUUAAGAGAAGAAUUAGUUGAUUUUGUAGAAUGAUUAAUAAUUUGAGAUAGUAUUUUGGCAUUUCCAACCAGCCUUUUUAAUUUUUAAACCUAAAACUACAGGGUUGUUGACCUGUCUAGUCGAUCUGUAUUAGAAGGACACCAGAAGUUUUAAUUCAACUGUGGAAAUCGUUCACUAUAAAAUCUACAUUGAGGUUAUAGAGGAAGAAAUUACAACGUUCGAAAUUUUAAUCAUAAUGGUAGUUAUAUUAUCUUUAAUAAUACUAUUUUAUAUUAUCAGGAGGAUUGUGUUGAUCUAAAUUUUGAAGAAAAAAACAUAAAAAGAGAAAAAAGAUGACCCAGAAAACGAAAGUAAAACAGAUUCUGAAUUUAAAGUGGUUUCUGAAAGUUAGCCUUAAGAGGAAGUUUAAGCUUUGAAUACCAAAUGA